UCUAUUCAGUUUUCAGUUAUCGGUGUUCACUUUUAAAUGGAGUUUAUUUGCAAAAUUGUUCAAUUUUCGUGAAUUUUGUUUGUCCGUUGUUUACUUCUUUUUUUGCAUAACAAGUUUGUUUGUUUUGUUCUAUAGCAAAAUGUUGAGCAGUUUAGUGGCCCGCACCGCGGCCUUAACCCUGGCCAUUUAUUUUACCAAUCGCGUUGGCAUUUGGGGCAACACAGAUGCCUCCGAUAAACUCUGUGAACGCAUCUCCCAUGGCCUUGAACCGAUGCGUCAACUAACCAAAUCCAAAGUGAGGAAAUGUUAUGAUCUGAGCGUGAGGGAAGCUUGCCAAUUGGCGCAACAGUUGCCUGUCUAUACGCAACAGUUGAUUAAAUUGGCCAAAAGCUGGCACAAAUUUGGCGACAAUUUCAAUGCUUGCAACGUGCAACAAGACGAAGCAGAAGAAGAAGAACUACAACAACAGGCGGCAAGAUGUAAGAAUGCGGCAGGUUUCCACUGGUUGCCGGUUAUCACAGCUGGCGAGGAGGCCAACGAGAUGCAUGACGAGUGCGUUGUAGCCGCGAAAGUAGCAAGUUGAUGAUCCAUUAUUAAAUAUGCACAAUUCCUAACAAAAUUGUAUCGAUGAAGAGUUGUGCUAGUGAAGCAUAAAAAAAUCUAGUAUUAUUGUUUGAUGUGAUGUAUAUUAAAUGCAGUAGUGUUAAUAUUGAGUUGAUGAAAUUAGUCAUCAGUUUAGA